CUCGAGUGAUUUGCGUGCGAGGUGAGAUCGCAGAAAAAUGGAGUUGCUGUGAAAGUGGGAAACAAGUGCAGAAAACUUGUGUCAUUGAGCAUUUCCCAGCGGUUUUUCCACACAUCGUGAAAGUGUGCGUGUUGCGGCACGAGUGAGUGAAAGUCCUGGGUGGUUUCCUGUUGUGCAGUGUGGGUGAAAAGGUGGUUUUCCGGGGUGGAUUUGGUGUGUCAUGGCACCGAGCUUGAGUAAACUUGCCCAGCACCAGAACAGCCUUCUGAGCUGCCUGGGCGUCUCGGCGGCCGUGUGGAUAAUCCUGUACGGUCAGAGAUCCAAUCGCAAUGGGAAGCGCAAGUCCCGUCCCGAGGAUCAGAUCCAGUACCUGAUCGCGGAGAAGAAAGACAAGAGGACGCAGAAGGCGCAUGUGAACAGAAUCUUCUUCCGGCAGCUGCGCGUCUUGCUCGGAAUCAUCAUUCCACGUGCCUGGAGUGUGGAAAGUGCGCUGAUGAUCACCGUCGGCAUGUCGCUGAUCGCGCGCUCCAUCAGCGACAUUUGGAUGAUCCAGAAUGCCACGGUCGUGGAGAGUUGCAUCAUCACGAUGAACAGGCCGAAGUUCAAGAAGGCCCUUCUCAAGUUCUUCGCUGCACUUCCGCUGAUUUCCGUAGUCAAUAACGUACUUAAGUGGAGCCUUGGAGAGCUCAAGUUGCGGUUUAGGACGAAUUUGUCGAAUCAUCUGUACAAUGAAUACCUGAAAGGGUUCACAUACUACAAAAUGUCCAAUCUGGACAACAGGAUAGCGAAUGCCGACCAACUGCUGACGACGGACAUUGACAAGUUCUGUGAGAGCUUCACGGAUCUGUACUCGAACGUAAGCAAGCCGGCUCUCGACAUUAUGCUGUACGUGUAUCGCUUGACGGUGAAUCUGGGCGGUCAGACGCCGUCGAUUCUGCUAGCCUAUCUCCUCUUUGCUGGUAUCUUCCUCACGCAUCUGCGCCGACCCACGGGGCGACUCACGGUGAUGGAGCAGAAGCUUGAGGGUGAGUUCCGGUAUGUGAACAGUCGCCUGAUCACGAACUCCGAGGAGAUUGCCUUCUAUCAGGGCAACAAUCGCGAGAAGUUGACAAUUCUGGCGAGCUUCUCCAAGUUGGUGUCGCACAUGAGGAAGUUCCUGGACUUCAGGGUGAGCAUGGGCAUCGUGGACAACAUCGUGGGAAAGUAUAUUGCCACUAUUGUGGGCUUCUAUGCCGUAUCCAUUCCCUUCUUCACCAAAGAUCAUCCUCUGCUCACGGGUGGCCCCGAGGGUGACCGGCUGAGGAAAUACUACACCUUUGGGCGGAUGCUAGUGAAACUGGCAGAGGCCAUUGGUCGUCUGGUUCUGGCUGGUCGGGAGCUUUCUCGCCUGGCGGGCUUCACGCAGCGCAUGACAGAGCUGAGAAGUGUGCUGAUGGAUCUUAAUCAGGGCAAAUAUGAGCGCACGAUGGUGAGCAACUCCAGCAGCGCUGACGGUGAGAUUGGCGUCGGUCAGGGUAUUCUUGCAUUCCAAGAUAACAUCAUUAGCUUCGACCAAGUGCCUCUGGUCACGCCCAACGGUGACAUUCUCGUCAAGGAGCUCACGUUCGAAGUCAAAUCCGGGAUGAAUGUGCUGGUGUGUGGACCCAAUGGCUGUGGCAAGUCCAGUCUGUUCCGCGUUCUGGGCGAGUUGUGGCCGAUGUGGGGUGGAAAAUUGACGAAACCACCGCGUGGGAAGCUCUUCUACAUCCCCCAGAGACCAUACAUGACACUGGGCACCCUCCGUGAUCAGAUAAUCUAUCCUCACACGCACGACGAGAUGCUGCGGCGUGGGCGCUCGGACGAGGACCUCCUGAGUUACCUGGACCUGGUGCAGCUGUCGUAUCUGCAGGUGCGCGAGAAGGGUCUGGACGCGAUUGAGGACUGGAUCGACGUGCUGUCGGGCGGCGAGAAGCAGCGAAUCGCCAUGGCGCGUCUCUUCUACCACAGCCCGCAGUUCGCCAUCCUGGACGAGUGCACGAGCGCGGUGUCGGUGGACGUGGAGGGCAGCAUGUAUCAGUACUGCCGGAAGGUGGGCAUCACGCUGUUCACGGUGUCGCAUCGGAAGUCGCUGUGGAAGCACCACGAAUACUAUUUGCAAUUCGACGGGCGCGGAUCGUACGAGUUCGCCCCCAUUGACAGCACUACGCAAGAGUUUGGCUCUUAGGGCUCCUCCUCCGCCUCCUGCUCCCCUAGCGAAUGUCCUCUGGCCUGCAUCAUUUUCUUCUUUCUUGUUUUCGGUGAAUGGAGAGUGGUUUUCACGUCUAGUGUAAUAGCGCCACUGGUGGCCGUCUAAUAGUGAAUUAAUUUAUUAAUUCCACGUAGUGCACAAAUUUUGGUGUAAAUAAAGUGAUUUUAUUUUGUAAAUUAAAUACUUUAAGGCACAUUUCUUGGAUUUUUACAAUUGGAACAGGUUUGAACGGUUUUGAAUUGCGCGCUUUGAAACAUCGAAAAAGAGUGGAGAAAAUCACCAGAAGUGGUGAAUUUAAAUUGGAUUACGGCGAGCUCACUCAACGGAAUAAGAAUAUUAUUCCCAAUAUGAAUCAAAUGAUUUAUUGGGAAGAAAGGACUUUUGUACGAAGCUUUGUAAAAUAGAAGUCAAAUAUGAGUAGACAAUUGAGAAAAGAAUAAGUAACUUAGUAAUUUUUACUGAUAAAAUAGAGAAGGUUUUUUCAUUCACAUUCAAGAAAAUGUAGAAUUAUGGAGCACUUCAAGC